GCGGGAUGCUCGAGGGAGCGAGUUGGGCAGGGUCUCAAGCGUGUGCCUCCGUGGCUUCCAGGCCACCAAGACUUGGGGCCCCGUCAUACCCCCUGCUGACGUAGACCUAGGGCUGGCUACUCUGUGGCUCUGUGAGCCACUGCCAUUGUAACCACAUGUUCCCAGAGUGUGGAGCCUGGUGCCAUGGAUGAGGCCGACAGCAGUGGGGGCCAAUGAGCUGUGUCAUCUGGUCCCGCCUUGGUCUCCCAGGUUGUCCUUGGCUGGUGGUCAAGUACCUUAGGCCUGGGGUGUCUGCCCUUCUGGAAGCGGAGCUGACGCCCUGGGUCUAGGUCCGGGUCCUGGCGCCAGGAUGGAUUGGACGCAGCUGUGCCCACAUACUACCUACCAUGCAGCCUGGUAGCCGCCACAGCAAGCCUUGAAUGGGGAUCCUGCUGUCCCAGGGUGCCGGUAGGAGCAAAAGACAGUCCUCUGCCCAGGAAAGGCCUGUUGGCCGGGCCUCAAGUCAGGGCCUCAAGCAGGACUCGUUUCCUGCUGCAUGUCUGUCCCAGGACCGAGGACACGGGCAGAGAGAAAGACUGGGCUUGCAGCCUCACGAGGAGCUGACAGCUCCGGGAGCAGCUUUGGGGAAAGUCUAGAAGACCCAGAGGGUCCUCAUGCAGCAGGAGGGGACAGGUCAGGAGGAGGCGGAGGUGGGGCAGCUGAGGGUCCGGCGCCGUUGACAGAAACCUUGGGACCCGGUGGGGUUGGAGUUGUGCAGGAACGUGAUGAGGUGUCACCCACCAGCCGGCUGUGGUCCCUCUGGAGCAGGCACAUGCCGUGACGUGCCUGCUGGUGACACUCCUGGUGUCUGCCCCAGAAAGGCGAAGUUCAGUGUCCGCCGAAUCCUGCCCUCAAGUGUGGCCGUGGCCCUGCUCCCUGGAAGCAGAAGAAGCCGGUGGCCUUGGCAGCACGGGAGCGCCCGAGUGUCCUGGGCCGUGGGAGGAGCAUGUGCAAUGCUGCUGGCGCGUGGGGGCUCGGUGCUGUGUGCUUCUGCUCGUCUCAGCGACAAGGUCAGAGGAUGGAGCCGGGUCAGAGUAGCCGGGGUUCGGGGUUGGGGGUGCUCUCACCGCCGGGGGCUAGAGCCACUCGUCUGCGCACGUGCAGGCACGGUGGACAGACAGGCUGCAGAGUUGGGGAGGGCAGCUUCUGGCAACUCUCUGUGAAUGUGAAACCGUUUUGAACUAAAAAGAUAGAAAAAGUCAGAGAUAGUAAAUGAAAGAGACAGAUAGAAAUGUUUAAAAAUUGUGAGCAAUAUUAAAACAAGUUCUGUCAAUAAAUCUGAAAACUAAGACAAAACGGAUGUUUUCCUUUAAGAUUGUAAUUUACCAAAAUAAUCUCAAGUUAGCAUACGACCUAGAGAAGCGAGUCAGAGACCCGGGGAAGGGCAGGGACAGCCUCAGCGAGCUGGCGACUCUGCCCCGCGCCAGCUCAUGGACGGCGCCCAUCUGGAGAAUGGGUGAGUGUGCAGGAAAGCCGCCCUGUGAGUGGUGCUCUGGAGAUGAGCGGGAGUGAGCCCUCGCAAGACCCGUGCAGCCAGCAGUACCGAAAGGGAUCAUCUGAGAACUUGAAGGUGCUCUUGGAAAUUAAACAUGCGAGUGGAAGAUUUAAAUUUUAACAAGGAGCCUGGAAGAUGCAGUUAAGGGGAGCCUGGGAGGAAGACGAGGUGAGGAGGCUAAAGGGGAGCUCCUUGCUGGGUGUGGCCGAAGGCCUCGGGUACGGGGAAACGCGCUUCCUUUCCCGAGCCUUGCUGGUGCUGUGGCCAAGUGACAGAGUCCAGCCAGGGAGAGCACAGCAGAGCUCCCUUCUCUGCCUGUGCAACCACCUGGACCAUAAGGGGAACCAUGUUUGGGAUUGGCCAAGCAACAAGACAGAAGCCCUGGCCCUUGCUGGCUGUGGAGCUGACCCAGGGCCCUGGACCACCUGUCUGCAGGCUUUGGCUUGGAGGGAAACGACGCAUCUCUGUGGACCCUUGUAACUAGCUAUAUGGCAGACGCUGAGUGUCACAGAGGACAGACCGUGCCAUCCUCAGCACGUCAUGCUGAAGAAACCUAAGGUCAGCGGAGACUAGCUCUCACAGUGUGAACCCAGGACAGGGUUCACAGGAUGCUGUGCUGCCCCAGUGUUCCCGGCAAAGAGAUGAGAAUCAGACCAGCCCCACGCCAGGUGCUUUAUAACUUCUGGGGAAAACAGCUUUCACUUAGCGCUGUGUGUCGGACCGAACUGGAGCAGGGUGUUCUUGUUACUCUCUUGGAGAGCUCUUUGAAGACCUCCAGCCCCAAAAGAAGGGGUCCUCAUGAGAGAGGGCUGCGUGGGGUGGGAGGGUGCUCUCUGCUGACCUGGAGCAGGGGGCCCCCAGGAGCACAUCUGGGAAAGUGGGACACCUGUAGCAGUGGGCAGUAAGGCGGCACUUCAGGGACAUGCCAGGGAAAACCGUGAGGAGCCAGUCCUGGGAGGGAGACGUGAGGGGAGCGUCUAGGCACUUGCAGAAAUAGGCUCAGAUGUGAGCGGAGGGCGGCAGGAGAGCCCCAGCAACUGGGCAGAAAGUUGGGCUGUCGGUGAGCUGUGAGUCGAUGGGACAGACCCCCUGGGGAAGGGGAGAGGGUGGGGAAGUGAGGCCUGGCACGGCUGCAGGUGUGCACGCGUCACAGCAGAUGUAUUAGGGGACCUUCUGGAGGGGACGUGCUUCCUACCUGAGUGAGAUACAUGGGUGCACAAAAUGGGGCCGCAUACAGGGAAAGUGGUUUGAUUCAGAGGCAAUCAGAAACAAUCGUGGCUAAAGAAAGAACAGAACAUAUGAGAAGUGGGUGGACAGUGGCAGUCCCUGCAACGGCCAGAGCUUGAUGGUGGAUGAUCAGACUCCCAGAAGAAGGUGGGUGACAGAGGAGGCGUUUGGGCAAAGACAGAGUGACUGGUAAGCAGAUAACACUGUCCCCACCCCAUGGGUACACCUAGAGGCGUGAGGCACCGCUCCUGCUCCGCGGGGGGCAUGGCCACAUUGGCUCUGGUGGGCUUUCGGCACGGCUGUGCAGACCUGAAGGACCUGCACGUGGCUGUUUGCCACAGGGAAGUGUCUGGAACCAUAGAGAAGUGUGUUGGAGGCCCUGUGCCACAUUUUUCUGAGCUGAAGCCGCACAAAAUGACCCAGAAAGUAAGUAAAAUCUACAGAAGUCAUGGGACGCUUCUGAAUCAUGCAUGUCUGUGUGUGAAGGAUGUGAGCGGGGCACCCACCUCUGGGAUGGUGUGGUGGGCUGUGGUGAGGGCCUACCAGUAGGAAUCCUUCUGGCCAGCCAGACCUGGCUUCCCUCAGGCCCUGCUACCACUGGGAACACCCAGGGCUCUGGGUUCAUUCUGCAAGGUGGGCCCCAUGCACCCCAUUCUGGGGCUAAGGACACAGGUCACCCACCUGGUCACACAGCUGGUAGAGGGUGAUGUGAAUGGACAUUUGCUGGUUUCUAGCUUACAGAGACAGACUGGGCCCUGGGGAUUCCUGCCGACUUCCUCCCUGGGAGGUCUUUGUGAUACCUGGGGCUAUCCUGGCCACUUUUCAGUCACAACCAGGAAUAAGAGGAACCUGCAAGGACAGUGGACCUAGGGGCUGGCUGGAGCAGUACAGUGGCCCAGGCCUGCGUCCCUCUGGACAGAGCUGCCAUGCAGCAGGCUUCCAACCUGCAGCUGAGUGGGGCCUCCCUGGCCCAGGGUCAGGGUUGGGCAGCCACCAAGUGGAUUCUGGUCCCGGUUCUGAGAAUGCUUCACUGGGUUCCAUGUGAUUAAAAAUAUGCUCGGCAGAUAAACAACUAGGACGUGAAAAAGUAAUUUAUCAAGAGACUUAUGUGGGCAGGUCACCCUCAGAAAUGCAAAUUAAGGUGAAAACAACAGAUGCCAGUUUGUAUGCACCACGUGUGGGGUUUUGUUCUCCGGCCUUCCUAGGGCUGUGCAGUCCAUGCUCGAGGGUGGGUAUACUGCUAGGGGCAGCUGGUGGCCAUCCCCAGAGCCUCACAGAUGGAUCUCCGGCAUACCCGCUAGUUUCCACCCUAUGGACUCAGCUCAAGGAAACCAUGCAUUUUUACUAUGGCCCAGCCAACAGUGGAAGCAGUCCAGAAGCCCUAGCAGUAGGGAACGUCCAGAAGAAUCAUGGCUUGUCGGUGUCAGGGUGGAACAUGGGACAAAGUUGUGAUUUGGAGACCGACUACUGCCAUGGUUCAGUGCUCAAGAUAGAUAGAAGGCUGCCAUCUGCACGCACACCGCUGGCCUGUGCUCUGAGGCUCUUCCUCCCCGCCUGUUCACAGCUAAGCCUCCCCCGCAUGGUCAUCUCAGGAGGAGGUCCACAUGUGUCCCGCUGCCCAGGCCAGAGACUCAGGCUCACCUCUGGAGAGUUCCUCUCUACAGUCUUUCUGUCCCUGAGUCCAGGGUUGCUGGUGCUCAUGCUGGCCUGGAUGCAUCUUUCUGUUCCCAGUGCACGGCUCUGUCUGCCCACAGUAGGCACUGACGAAUCUGUCCACUCACCCCCCACUGCUGUGGCCACCUUCCUCUCCAGUCCACACAGCUCAGCACAGGGUGGCCAGAGGGGGUCUUCCUCGGGUCCUGUCAGCAAGGUCUGCUUUCUCCCCUCCAUCUCAGGCCCUCACCGUGUCCACUUACUAGCUGCUGUCCCCAUGCACUUUGCCCUGUGGGCACUCACUGCCACUCAGCUGUCCCAUGUGGGCCCGCACCCCACCUACACCAGGUCCAGUCAAGGUACCAGGAGUCCAUGCCUGUGCGGCCUUGAUGUCCUCCCAGGAAUCCAGGACUGAGCUUCCUGGGAUCUUUAGUGUGGGAACCAGGGGUUGAGCAUCCUGGGAUCUUCAGUGCGGGAUGAGGAGCCAGAGUUGCUGGGACCUUCGGUGCAGGAUCAGGAGCUAGGGUUCCUGGGAUCUUUGGUGUGGGAUCAGGAAUAGGGAUUCCUGGGAUCUUCAGUGUGGGAUCAGGAGCCAGGGUUGCUGGGACCUUCGGUGCAGGAUCAGAGCUGGAGUUCCUGAGAUCUUUAGUGCGGGAUCAGGAGCCAGGGUUCCUGGGGUCUUUGGUGUAGGAACGGGAGCUGAGAUUUCUAGAAUCUUCAGUGUAGGAAUCCUAGCAGGUGCCAGCAACACCCAACUGUUCCCUUAACGUCAGGCCCGCCAGUGCUCCCAGGACCAGGGACCUAUGCCGCCUCUGUCCUGCUAUUUUACCGUCUCUUCCUCCACCUAUUUUGUGUGGUCCCCUAAGGACAAGUGCUCCUGGCCCCAUCUGCCAUUAGAAGGGGAAGGGAGGUCAUGCCAGCCUCAGAGGGAGCUGUCCGCAUUUUGGGUUGCCAUUUGUCUGAUAGAGACUCAGCUCUUGGGGAGAAGGGGAUGAGAGGAAGAGUGGGCAGCUCACUGUAGGCCACAUACCCCACAUGAGACACUGCUCUAGGCCACUCAGCACAUCAACCCACAUGCAGGCUGGGAGGGGUGUGGUGCCCCUGGCUCACGCAUGGGGCCUGUGGGCCAGCAGCCUGCGCACAGCCCCUGGGGCAACCUCCCUCACCUGCUGUUGGACGGGCCUCCGUCGCUAUCCUUGAGACCCCAGUGUGGAGGAGGACGGGGUGGCCCACACCGGGUUUUAGAUGCCCUGUAGCGUUUUGCUGAAUGUGACGUGUCCUCGGCUCUAAGGCUCACUGUUGUAUCCGCCAGGGGCGAGUAAAGCCCACCCCUCAACCAUGACAGGUCAUGGAUUGUGUCCUGGGUUCCCCGGCCCUUGGGCCGGGAGAUUGGACAGUGCACGCCCUCUGCCAGCGUCUGGCUGUCGUCAGAGCGUGUCCCAGGUGCAACACUACAGCCCUUUAAGGCAGCGCUCAUGGCCCUGGGGCACAGGCCCACCGCCCUGCUGGACCCGGGACAAGCCCCCAAGAAGCUGGGUGUCCCCAACCGGCCCCCCCAGCCUGGCUGGGGCACACCUGGGGGCUUCAGUCAUUUCCAAGGCACCAGGGGGGGGGCGGUUGCUGUGCAUGCUGGGGAUAGUGCAGCAGCAGUGUCGGGCGUGUUCUGCACCGACUUGACCUGGCCUGGGGCGUAGUGCGUGGUCUGCUCCACCUGGCCCUGUGUGGGGCAUGGGUAUGGUGUGCGUGGGUUCCGCAUGGGCCUGCCUUUUCAGGACUUGUCCUCACCCAUGGAGAAGUCAAGUUAUGACUCCUGUGGGGGCGGGGCUAUGGGUGGAUCCCCAACUUUGGGGAGGGUUUUCCCCACUGGACAGUUUUACAGAGUGUCCUCAGCACAUGUCAUCCAAACCCUGGGGAGACAGGAUACCGACCUGCUCGUGGGGCUUCUCGGAAGGUCACCCAGGCCACAGAGACCCAUGGACACCAGGGCAGGCGUCCAGGGCUGUCGUGGAGCUCACCCCCGUUUGUGGAAGCUGCAGGGGAGCACGUGGGGUGGGUGUGGGGGACAGUGACCCGGAGGCCGGCCCUUCCCCGGGGGCAUGUUGCCGUCUGAGGAUCCUGUGUGUGUUUGUGCUGGGACCGUUUGUUGCUGUCUGCCCCCUCCACACCCACCGCCCCAUAGUGCGACAGCGUGGCCCUUGCAGGGUCUAGGGGUUUUGGAUGCUCUUCGUCCUCAGCAUCCUGUUUCACUGGUGCCCACAGGGAAGGUGAACCCACACCCCUCCUUCCCCCCCUCCCCCUGCACACACACAGUGGUGUCCCCUGGGCGGGACCCUGCACUGGUUGGGGAGUUGAGCCCAGAGCCAGCAGAGUUGCCCACCCCAAUAUCCCAGCAGGGGCUCCUGCCCUGGGAAGGCCGCCUGCAGUGCAGUUAGGGGAGGAGACCCGUGGGAACUGUGGGCCUCUAAGGACUGUCCCAGCCUGCCUCCAGGGUGGGGGGAGCGUUUGCAGCACCCCCUGCCCCCCCAGGGGGUUGUCUGGGCUGGUUUGGGGCAGCUGGAGCCUGGGAGUAGCAGGCUAGCCCACAGGCAGCCAGGCUCGGUCCCUGAGGGCCAGCGUCUGACUGGGUGGCUGCUGUCCUGA